GAAUUACAGCAAGAAGGCUUCAGUUUCAGCAGUGGAAAGCUGGCAGGGAAUGGCUGUCAUACGAAAAAAAACAAUGUUUGUUAGGAAAAAUAGACUGGCGGUUUGCUGUCAUUAGGCUGUAAGAAGAAUUGUGGAUCCUUAACACACGAGCUUUUCCUUGCCUUGUCCUGAAGAUCUUGUAGCAUAUGGUGUCUCUCCUGCUCUUAAUCCAAGAAGCCCUUCAGCGUGCUAGAUUGGCAGCCAGUAUUCCAGUUACCCCAAUGGAGUCACAAUCUGAAGGCAAUGAGCCAGAAGGCCCCAGAUUGUAUCAUCUUGAACUUUAUGACUCAACUGAAGAUUUAGAAAUGUUUUCAGAACCUUUUCGAAGACGAGAUCUGGCUGUGCAGGAAAACAUGAAGCCUCAAGCCCCACAAAAACCCACAAUCUCUAGUGGGGAUUUUGGGGAUCAACACCCAGAAAAUGAGACAGCAAGCAAUGAAAAUGACCAUGAUGAUCUUAAAACUAUCUCUAGUUACAACACAGAAAACAAAGAGUCUUUCAAAGGCAUGGAUACGUACUGUAUUACUUGCUGCGUUCCACUUAGAGCCCUUGAUACACAGUGUAGUGACCAUGAGGAGCAUGAGGUCAUUCCUCUUGUCAGUGUGGUUCAAAUUGCAAAGGAUGAGCUUCAGAAAAACAUAUGCAAACUGGAAAACCAGAUCAUUCACCUGGAGAGUUUUUCGAGCCAUUUGGAAGAGAUUUUCAUCACAGUAGAGGAGAAUUUUGCCAGGGAGGAGCACAAAUUUGAGAGGCGUUAUGAUGAUAUGAUGCAGAUCCUUGAACAAAGAUAUGAGGAAAUGAUGCAGGUUUGGGGGGAAGAAAAGAAGGAGAAGCUGGAAGCCUUGUAUGAGCAACUGGUCAGCUGUGGUGAAAACCUGGAUACCUGCAAAGAGCUGAUGGAAACAAUAGAGGACCUGGGACAGGGUGCAAAUAAAGUGGAUACAAUACAGACUGCUGUAGCUACCAUGGGCAGAUUGGAGAAAUUCUUGAAAAAAGAUUUGGAUGUAGACCUCUCAACACCAACAGACUAUGAAGCCAGAGUCAUAGAGUUCUCUGAUGUUCAACAACUAAUGGAUUCUGUUGAUUGUCUCCCAGCUCCUUUGCCUCCUUGUGCACCAGUCAUAAACCCCCAGGAUCCCAGCUCGGCCACAGGUACCUCUGUGCGGGUCUGCUGGAGUUUCUUUUCAGAAGAUCUUGUGGAAAGCUACCAGCUGUCCUACAAACGAAUAAGCAAUGAUACAUCCAAAGAGGAGCAAGCUGAGUUUGUGCUAAAUGUGAAAGAAACCUAUUGCACAGUUACAAACCUGGCACCAAAUACGCAGUAUGAAUUUUGGGUGAAAGCACUCAACAGAGCUGGGGUCAGUUCAUCGAGUGAAAGGGCUGUUUAUAUGACAGCGCCUCUGCCGCCUGUUAUCAAAAGGAAGGCAAUUCAGAGCUGUGAACAUGCAGCACUUGUGUGCUGGGAAUGUGGCAAUACCAACCCUGUUGAUUCCUACACAGUUGAAUUGUCCAGGCUGACAGAUGGAGAGGAUGAGAACUUUAUUACAGAGUCCAUUGUUGGAAUUCCAAACUGUGAAACUCUGAUUCAACUGGAACCACAGCAGAAUUACAUCAUCUCUGUGAAAGCCCUCAAUACAGGCGGUUCUAGCGAGAGGAGUGACACUGUCUCCAUCUUUAGUACAGGCACUUCCUUUACUUUGAAUGAGGAGACAGCACACCCUUUCCUGUCUGUCCUAGAAGAUGGACUGACAAUUUUAUGCCGGAAAACGGAGAGGCCAAGAAGUGAUUUGUCUUUCUGUGAAAACAGUUUUACAAGAUCCAUUGCAAUAUUGGGAAAUCCAAUACCAUUUCGAGGAAAACAUUACUGGGAAGUAGAUGUUGAUGAAAAUAUUGAAUAUCGUGUUGGCGUAGCUUUUGAAAAUGCACCACGGGACAGCUACUUGGGCAUGAGCCAUUCCUCCUGGUGCAUGAGGCACACUGUCACUGCUUCCAGGCAUACCUAUGAAUUUCUGAACAAUGGCAUGACACCAGACAUCAAGAUUACCAUCCCACCUUCCAGAAUUGGCCUUCUGCUGGAUUAUGACAAAGGAACUCUCUCCUUUUUUAACACCUAUAUCAUGCAACACCUGUAUACUUUCCACAGCCUCUUCCAAGAUUUUGUGUGUCCAUGUUUUGCUGUGGAAGAACCUGGUAUGCUCAAGAUUCGAAACGGCAUUGCAAUGCCCCCAUACACUCUUUCAUGAAGGAGGUUACAAUCCAACAACUACUGUCUUGAAAGUAAACCACACUGAGCUUAAUAAAAUUGGCUUCUGAGUAGACAUGU